AUGAACAUGAUUCCGAAAGAUGAGGUGACUCAGGCCGCGAAGGUCUUGAAUCGAGUCACAGGCGAUAUAAUCCGCAGACACAGCUUGUAUAGGAAACGCUUCCGGAUUCUAAAAUACCUUCUUCAACAGGGCCGGCACGACAGCAUAGCGUGGCAGUUAGUGGAUAUUCUGUUCUCGGCUGACGAAGACCCAGUAUUCCUGAGCACUAAUAUGACCGAGUUGUUGGUAGACCACGUGUACACUACUGGCAGCGUCUCCAUACAUGAGAUCCUGGUUGUCACAGACAUUGUUCUGGAUAUGGAGCUCAACGAAAGUAUGGCCGAGAUACUCCAGCGUUUUAAGGCCGCGAUGGAGACGCCUCUGUACGUAUCGGAGAGGGCGCGGAUGAAGGCUGCCAGCAUUGAAGUCGAGUCGUUUAUGUAUGGCCCUUCCGCCUGGUCUCUUGAUGGCUUAACAAAUGAUCACUUUCACGCAACUGACUCAGAUAACGAGUACUCAGAUGUAGAGUCGAAUGAUGAAACGAUAGGCAUAGAUGGCAAUCACAUCGGAUGCCUCAGAGGAAAUGCUUCCAAUCCUGAUGUUAUCCCCCUCCUUCCUACCAUACCUACCAUACGUGAGUGCCAUAUCUGCAAAGACCACGACACGAAGCAUGUCUCCGUUAAACUACCUUGUGCUGAUACAUUCCACCAGAAGUGUGUACGUCGGUGGUUGCAGUCCAGUAACAGUUGCCCACUGUGCAAGAACGAAUUGCCUCGUGAGUCUACUGUGCCUAUUGCGUCGACGUUUGAAGCCCUUGAUAUUCCAAAACACCUCCCUCUAGAAAAAGUCAUACGAGUGCAGGUGGUCAAAAACAGUCUACCUAAUCCCGAAUCGAACGAAUCCGGCUACAAAGACGCACCUAAGAUCUAUUUCGUCGAUCGUAAGGGUGUCGUGAUAAGCUCGGAGAAGAAAAAAAACACGCACUGGCAAAUCGCGAGCAAAUUUGGCGAAGAAUGGCUCAUUUCCUGA